GUCCUAUUACUGUGCCACCAAACAUCCCCUGGCGUUGUCUAACGCGGGAAAACACGAGACAAAAGAUUAACCACCACUUCAAACUCGUCUUUCUCUAUCGCGCAAAGAUUGCCCAAUAUCUGUCUAAGCUUCAACGACCGAUCGAAUCAGAUGAAGUUCAAAGCUUUCCUCACUCAGGACGGCGUCAAUCUACUCGACAAGCGUUUCUUGCCUUCCCUCGACAAAAUCGGGCGUGUGUGCCAUCUCUACCUCACCCGCGACCACGCCAUAUUUCUCCACAAUCUCCUCGGUGGAGAUGGCAUUCAGUCGGUAGCCCAGUUCAAAAAGGAAGUCCUUUUCAACGACUACCGCAUCUCCAGCCAGAACGAGGACCGCAUAGCUUUCGCUAUUGACGUCGCCCUUCUCCAUCGGGCGCUCCGCAGUGCGCAGACAAUCCAGCUCCAGUCUCAAGAUGACACUGCUGCUAUUCAGAUCAAGCUGGUCAAGAAGCUCCCCGUUGGAUCCCUCAACCCGGCGCCAUUCCUUACAUUUGAGACCAAGGGACUAAGGUCCGCCGUUGUUCAAGAUGUUCCUAUCUCAAAACCCCUCUCUCGAGCUGAUGUUGUUCAGCUUCAAACUGCUCUUGAUGCUGCUCAGGAUCUCCCUCAGACUUUGGUUCAAGUCCCAGAUCUCUCACAGUUGCAGAACUUGGUGGAACGACUAAAAAACGUAGGCGAGUUGUUGAUGUUGGCCAUUACUCAGUAUGGCGACCUCCAUCUUCAGGUUUCUACCUCCCUUAUUACAGUUGGGUCUGAGUUUCGAAAGCUCAAGGUACUUGGGAUUCAAGCUGAUGCUCCCUCUGGUGAUCAAAACCUCAGUGCACCAACCCGGACAGAAAUGGCAAUUCAGAGAGGAGAAGCACUCUCUGUGCAAGUGAGCUUAAAGCACCUAGCUAAGAGCUUGCAGUGUCAUCUAGCCAAACCUGAUUGUGCCUUCUAUGGCAUAUCUCCACAGGGUGUUUGCUUGACAGUGAUAUUCCAGUUCUUCAUCCCUGGUACAAGGUUGACGGAUAAAUCGAUUAGCUUCCACUGCAGGCUUCCAGUUCUCGAUACAGGUUCAAACUGAGAAAAUAAAACAUAAAUACUAAUUAUCAAAGUCUAAAGCAACUGUGCUGUGUUGGUAAUAGGUACAAAACUAGUCAAGUGUUGUUUAUUAUGCCUUUACUAUGCAUUACACCCUUGAUCGAA